GGAACUAAUGGAUAAGAAAGGAGUUGGAGUUGGAUUUUCAUACUCUCUGCAAUAACAAUGUCACCCACAUCUCUCACUCCUUCAGCGGCUCUCCCUCAUCUCCAAUCUUCCCUUCUUCCCUCCUUCAGAUUCCGCCCUCUUCUCCUCUCUUCAUCUUCAUCUUCUCCAUUCUUCCCAAAACGCCAUUUCUGUCGCAGAAUCCGCCAUUGCAUUCGCUCGUCUGCAAAUACCGUCGUCGAGUCCGGCAAUGGAGCUGUAGCUGCAGCAGAGCAGCUAGAAGCAACUUCCUAUGGCAGGCAGUACUUCCCCCUCGCUGCAGUUGUUGGCCAAGAUGCAAUUAAAACUGCUCUUUUGCUCGGAGCUAUCGACCGUGAAAUUGGCGGCAUUGCCAUAUCUGGAAAGCGAGGAACGGCUAAGACAGUUAUGGCCCGUGGAUUACACGCAGUCUUGCCACCUAUUGAAGUAGUUGUUGGGUCCAUUUCAAAUGCCGAUCCAUCCUGUCCAGAAGAAUGGGAGGAUGGCCUUGCUGAUCGUGUUGAAUAUGACUCGGCUGGUAAUAUCAAGACGCAGAUUGUUAAGUCUCCUUUUGUUCAGAUCCCACUUGGAGUUACAGAGGACAGGCUCAUUGGAUCCGUUGAUGUUGAAGAGUCUGUGAGAACUGGAACGACUGUUUUCCAGCCCGGUCUUCUUGCUGAAGCUCAUAGAGGAGUUUUGUAUGUCGAUGAAAUAAAUCUUUUGGACGAGGGCAUUAGUAACUUGCUGCUUAAUGUAUUGACUGAAGGAGUCAAUAUAGUUGAAAGAGAAGGAAUCAGUUUUAGGCAUCCAUGCAAACCACUCUUAAUUGCUACUUACAACCCAGAAGAGGGCGCUGUUCGUGAGCACUUGCUAGACAGGAUUGCAAUUAAUUUAAGUGCAGAUCUACCUAUGAGUUUUGAAGAUCGUGUUGCAGCUGUAGGAAUUGCUACACAAUUUCAAGAACAGAGUAGGGAAGUUUUGAAAAUGGUCGAGGAGGAAAUAGAGUUUGCAAAAACUCAGAUAAUUUUGUCAAGAGAAUAUUUGAAGGAUGUUAUAAUUGGACGAGAGCAAUUAAAGUACCUCGUCUUGGAAGCUAUUCGAGGUGGUUGCCAGGGGCACAGAGCUGAGCUAUAUGCAGCACGUGUUGCAAAAUGCCUGGCUGCUUUUGAGGGGAGGGAAAAAGUCUAUGCUGAUGACCUGAAAAAAGCUGUUGAACUGGUCAUUCUACCUCGUUCGAUCAUCAAUGAAAAUCCGCCAGAUCAGCAAAAUCAACAGCCUCCGCCACCUCCACCACCUCCACAAAAUCAAGAAUCUGGGGAAGAGGAGAAUGAAGAGGAAGAAGAACAAGAGGAAGAUGAUGAUAAAGAAAAUGAACAGCAGGAGCAAUUACCUGAAGAAUUCGUUUUUGAUGCUGAAGGAGGUUUGGUGGAUGAGAAACUUCUUUUCUUUGCUCAACAAGCACAGAGACGCAAAGGCAAGGCUGGGCGGGCAAAAAAUGUCAUCUUUUCGGAGGACAGAGGACGGUAUAUUAAGCCAAUGCUUCCAAAGGGGCCUGUUAAGCGGUUAGCAGUUGAUGCAACGCUUAGAGCAGCUGCUCCAUAUCAGAAGUUGCGAAAGGCAAAAGAUGUUCAGAAUACUAGGAAAGUUUUUGUCGAGAAGACUGACAUGAGAGCAAAAAGAAUGGCUAGGAAGGCAGGAGCACUGGUAAUAUUUGUGGUUGAUGCCAGUGGGAGCAUGGCAUUGAAUCGUAUGCAAAAUGCAAAAGGUGCAGCACUCAAGUUACUGGCAGAAAGCUAUACGAGUAGGGAUCAGGUUUCCAUAAUUCCGUUCCGUGGAGAUAGUGCUGAAGUUCUCCUACCUCCCUCUAGAUCGAUUGCAAUGGCAAGAAAACGUCUCGAGAGACUUCCUUGUGGUGGAGGAUCUCCCCUGGCUCAUGGUCUUACCACGGCUGUGAGGGUUGGAUUAAAUGCUGAGAAAAGUGGCGAUGUAGGAAGAGUGAUGAUUGUUGCAAUAACUGAUGGCAGAGCCAACAUAUCACUGAAAAGAUCCACUGAUCCUGAAGCAGCAGCUGCAGCUGCUGAUGCUCCUAGACCUUCAGCACAAGAAUUGAAGGAUGAGAUUCUCGAAGUGGCUGGAAAAAUAUACAAAGCAGGAAUGUCUCUCCUUGUCAUUGAUACCGAAAACAAGUUCGUGUCAACUGGUUUUGCAAAGGAGAUCGCGAGAGUAGCUCAAGGAAAAUACUACUACUUACCGAAUGCCUCAGAUGCUGUCAUCUCUGCUACGACGAAGGAAGCUCUUACCGCGUUCAAGAACUCGUAAAAUGACUGAAGUGGUCCGUUUUCUUGCUCACUAAUUUUGUUGAAAUGAAAACAGGCUUGUCCCUGCAGUCUAAAUACUUAUUUUUGGCAAUGUUCAUAAUAGAGCAGAUCAUUUUGGUGGAGAAUCCACCCCAUUUAAAUCUUGUAUUGCAAGGAUUGCUUCAAUCAAUGAGUGAGUUGCCUGCUUC